AUGAGUGAGUCUUGCGUGGAGACUACGGAGGCACCCGCUUGGUUGUCUAAGUUAGAAAGCCAACGCGAGAAAUUAAGUAAAGCCCGGCUUGGCCAUGAUAGCGGUGCCGGCGCUCCAUGUAACUCUUGCGGUUCAACUUGUCCUGGGUUGGAUCUACAUUUUUGGCGCAAGGUGUGUCGUGCAUGCCACUGUAGUAAAGAUGUUCACGAUGUACAGGAUGAUGAUUUGUCAGGAUGGGCUCAAUUUGAACUACUUGGCACUGCUAGACCUAAAAAAGCCUCAUUGCCCUUGAUCAAGAUUCGUGGUGUAACAGAUAAACCUGUCAAAUUAGACUGGGUGCCUCCUAAUGCAUCUACUGAACUGGUAUCUGAGUACAUGUCAUGUUUGGGGCCAUUAGCACCAGUGUCUGGGUCGGCUGCGGCGCGAAAGAGACGCGCUCAACUCCGAACCCAGCUGCCGCCUCAUGACGUAGCGCCAGCCGCCCGCCAUCACGCAACUGACCAAGAAAAAACAGAACACACGGAAUAUAUUACAAGAAUUAAAGACCAUGUUGUUGGUAUGGGCAAUGUUGUCAGAGUGGGGCCUUUGCAAAAUGGAGAAGUCUAUUUAGUUGAAAAUAGUAAAACUCAUCCUUCAACCAAGUCAUAUGCACUGCCUUUAAAAAUAUCUAAUAUCUCAAAAGGUGUUAAGUAUAACAUAGUACCAAAAAAUGCUUCAGACAAAAAACUUGUUUUAGAUUCUCAAGGAAAUGUCGUUAGUAGUGCUGCUAAUCUUCCAGAUUAUAAGUCCAGUCCUAUAUUAAGUAGGAUUGUAAAAGAUAAACUGCAUGUGAUGCACAUUGAAUCUGAUAGAAUUAAGAGUGCAGUGGAACAUGGACCAGUAUAUGAUAAACUGCUUAAAAAUUUAAGUGAUUUGAAUAUGCCUCUCUCUAAUGAUGUUUAUUUACAACCUAUAAAACUUUUUCGUGAUGAAUACAAUAAAAAUCCUCAAUUUAGAGAUGAAACAAAUGAAUUUGCCAGCAAAGCUUUGGGUGCUCAAAUAAUGGCAGAUUUAUGGCCCACCAGCAACAAUAAUGUUAUGGGUACUGCAAAGAUGUUAGAUAGUAGGAUACAAAAGGGCACUAUCUUUGCACCAAAUGGAGAAAUAUGGAGUUGGAAACAUGAGCCAACUACUCCUGAGCUUAGUAGCACUAUUUGUUCUACAAGAAUAAAUCCACAGUUUUCUUCUUCAUCAAAACCUAUGAAUCAAGUUGAACCACAACAGACUGCACCUUUAAGAGAAUAUCUCCGAACUCAUUCUGAAGAAGAACUUCCGCCACCCCCAGUGCCUAAUUAUCACACAUAUCCUGGAGCUUUGCCACAACCUACUACUCUUGUUGAUUGGAAUUCAUCUGAAAAUCACAAUCUACCCGAAAAUGCCGCCCAAAUCGUGGCGCAACCUGUGAUGAAUUAUGCAGAACAAGUAGAUCCAAUACUUACACAAUUUUCUGAAAUGUCACUGAGUCCAGCUGAAAUGGAAUUCAACAGAAAACUAUACAAUGAAGGUGUACCAUGUCAACGAUGCCACAAGCCGAUGUUUGCAGGCGAAGUGGCUGUGAAAGCUGAAAGAGCAGGCCAAGAAGCUAUUUGGCAUCCACAGUGCUUUACAUGUUCGGUGUCAUUGGCCCGGAACAACAGGGGGUGUCUUGGAGCUCUGUGCAUUGGCAUGCGAAUUGCUUCAUAUGUUCUGGAAGAAUGUGCGGCAAGAGUCUUCUCAGUGGUAGAUUUG